GAUGGAACUCUAUAGACCUGGAGCAAUAUCUCGAAUAGUUUCCAAACCAACUCAAACAUUCUGCUAAAAUUUUACGUCUUUUUUUGACAGUUUUUUUGCAUUCAUACCAUACUUAGCUCUUAGAUCUAAGAUUUUUUGGUGGAAAAAGUUUCUUCCUUGGGAUUUUUGCUGCUGAGUUAAACAACUGAGAUCUGUCAUUCGUCAUGGUCCUCAUGGAUGGAGUGGAGACAUAGUGGAGAAGGUUGUUGUCGUUUUUGCUGCAACAUGUUGAAAGAAUGACUCAGUCAAUUGUUGUUCAAGUUGGACAGUGUGGAAAUCAGAUUGGUUGUCGAUUUUGGGAUUUGGCCUUACAAGAAUAUGCCACUAUCAAUAAGUCUGGCAAAUAUGAUGAAUGCAUAAGCAGCUUUUUCAGAAAUGUUGACACCAGGCAUGAGAAGAUGAAAGACCUACCAGUUGGUAAAGGAAAGAUUAAAAGCCUGAAAGCAAGAGCUGUUUUGAUCGACAUGGAAGAAGGAGUAAUCAACGAAACUCUAAAUGGCCCUCUUAAAGAAAUCUUUGAUUACACACAACUUAUAACUGAUGUGUCUGGUUGUGGAAAUAAUUGGGCUACUGGUCAUUUGAUGUAUGGAAGACAGUAUCAUGACAAAAUGAUGGACACAAUACGCCAUGCUACUGAACUAUGUGAUUCAUUGCAAUGUUUCUUUUUACUUCAUGCCAUGGGAGGAGGAACAGGAUCAGGUAUCGGAACUUAUGUUCUUAGACUACUAGAGGAACAUUAUCCAAAGGUGUACCGUUUUACCACAGCUGUGUAUCCCUCAAAUGAUGAUGACGUUAUUACCUCACCAUAUAACAGUGUUCUUGCAAUGCAUCAACUUACAGAACAUGCUGAUUGUGUAUUACCAAUUGAGAAUCAGGCACUGAUUGACAUUAUCAAUAAAAUCUACAAAGUCAUGCCAUCUGAGAGACCAGGAAAGAAGGUAUUCAACAUAGACAAAACACAAGUAAAAACAGCAAUCACAUCAAAUGUAGAGCGAUGGAAAAGAUCCAAUGAGGAAAAACCAUUUGACCACAUGAACAACAUAGUAGCCAAUCUGCUACUUAACCUGACCAGUUCAGCUAGAUUUGAAGGAUCAUUGAAUGUUGACCUUAAUGAGAUUACAAUGAACCUAGUCCCAUUUCCAAAACUGCAUUAUCUUGUCUCAAGUCUCUCACCAUUGUACUCGCUACUUGAUGUGAGACUUCCAGUGGUUCGAUUUGAUGAAAUGUUCUCAGAUGCCUUCAGUAAAGAACACCAACUCAUUCAAGCCGACCCAAAACACAACCUCUACCUGGCUUGUGCACUAAUAGUUAGAGGGAAGGCUGACAUUUCUGACAUUAGAAGGAAUAUUGAGAAAGUAAGACCUCACUUAAAAUUUAUUCAUUGGAAUGAGGAAGGCUGGAAAACAGGAUUAUGUAACAUACCACCAGUAGGACUGCCUUAUUCUUUACUCACUCUUGCAAAUAACACCUGCAUUACAAACACAUUCCAUAAUCUGAAAUGUCGGUUUGUGAAACUGUAUAGAAGAAAGGCACACAUUCAUCACUAUCAAAAUAUUGAAGGGUUUGAACAAACUCUUUUUGAAGAGAGCUUAGAGUCUUUGAAUUAUUUAAAUGAUGAAUAUCAAACACUUAAUUGUGCCACAAAUCAACCUCUGCAAAGUGCCUCAAGACUCCAUAUUCUUUAGUAAAAGAAUUUGAGAAUUAUAAAAGCAUUAAGCAGAA